UCAUUGACUAACGUCGCCCAGUGAAGACCACAUCGUCUGGAAGUUGCUCAAGUGUUUCGUAAGGACACGUCAGUUGUAUCAGAGUUACAAUGAGAGCUAUCGUGCCCUUGAUGUUACUUUGCUCUUUUGUCAUGAAAGCUUGUGGAUCACCUGUCGACGAAGUGCGUGGAGGAUGGAUACAGAAAAGGAAUACUGCCGAGGGGAGUUCACAAGAGACAGCACCACUUGACAGCUCUAAUGAGAGUGAAUCUGGUGAUGCAAAGCUAUUUCAAGAUGCCCCAGAAGAUGAAGAGGAGAGCGUGAACGACUCAGAAGCGUCCUCUGAGGUGAAUUCAUCAGCUGAUGAUCACGACUCAGCCGACAAUGCCGCGGAGACUGACAAUGAUGACGAUAACGAAGAUGGUAAAGAUGAAAAAGACGACGAGAACUAAUUCAACUUUACUAUGUUUCUUUGUUGCUUUUCCAAAGAAAUUCUAUAGAUAUUGAAAGUAGAAUGAACACAGUUAGUUUGGAUAAUUUGGAACUUAUCUUAUUUAUUAUGUCCGUGUGAUUGUAAUUGUUGAUCAUUUCUGAUUUGUUUAUUGUUCACCGUGCGGUGUCCGUACUGCUGGGGAGAGUUCUACAGACCUCUGAGGAAAGAAAUGUGCUGUGCUGACUGGCAAGUGAGACGCUUAGUUGAUAAUCAACUUACUAACCACCGUAACCGAAUAAAGGAAGAGGUGACGCUCCAAACGUCAGCCCUUCGUCGAAUCUGAA